GCGGAGGGGCAAGUACCUGUGAAAACUGAUCUCGCCCUCAUUUGCCUCACACGUGAAGACAGUCCGGCGAGCGCAAGUCAACAUGGGCGCCCUUCUGCAGCGCAUGCUGCAAGCGUUCUACACGAAGAAGCUCGAAGUCGUGCUGGUCGGGCUUGAGAACAGUGGGAAGACGACCUUGCUGAACGUGAUGGCCAUGGGACAUCCCGUGGAAACGUGUCCGACCAUUGGCCUGAACGUGAAGCUUGUGAAGAAAGGAGGCGUCCAGAUGAAGUGUUGGGAUAUUGGUGGACAGGCGCAAUAUCGCAGCGAAUGGGGUCGUUACACCCGCGGAUGCGAUGUCAUUAUUUACGUCGUCGACGCCAAUGCGUUUGAUCAAAUCUCGUUGGCCCGAAAGGAACUCCACCGCCUCCUCGAAGACAGGGAGUUGGCGACAACCCCCCUCUUGGUCUUGGCCAACAAGAUCGACUUGGAACCCCACAUUUCGGAACCGGAAUUGAUCCGCGAGCUCAACUUGGAUUACAUUGUCGACAAUCCUUGGCUCGUCAUUCCGAUUUCGGCCCUUCGUCUCGUCAACAUCGACCAAGUGAUCCAGUGGCUCAUGAAGCAAUCUGGAAAGGGUUAAGUUUAGCAUAUAUCAACUAAUGACAGCGCAAUACGUUUGCAUUCUCC